AUGAUAAAUGGUUUUGAUCAGUUGAGUAAAGAACAGUUAAUCCUUUUGCUAACAACUUUAUGGGCUAUUUGGCAUUCUAGAAACAAAAAGUUAUUUGCAAAUUCAGAUUUGACUCCUGUUGAUAUUGUUGCCUGGAUUAACUCUUUCAUUUCAGAUUAUCAGGAAGCUAUGUGUAACAUUAAUAGAUAUAGAGCAGUUCAGACUUUACAAGUUUCGGGUAGGGAGAAGACAGUUUCUCAAAAUUGCUAUCAGCUCAGCACAGAUGCAGCGCUUAGUGUAGAGCAAAGCAAGAUGGGAUUUCGAGCUGUUAUUCAGGAUUGGCAGGGUAAUUUGGUGGCUGGUUUGUCCAUUCCUGCAAUAGGGAACUUGCAACCUUUAAUGGCAGAGGCUUUGUCAUUGCGAGCUAGUUUAAUGUGGUGUCAAAAUAUCCACAUCACUUUGGCAGUGGUUGAAACGGAUUCAAAAUUGUUGGUUGACAAAGUCCACAGUCAGAAGAAUGAUCGUUCAACACUCUCGGAUGUGGUCGAAGACAUAAGAAGUUCUUUAUCUGCCUUCCCUAAUGUCGACCUUCGGCAAUUUCCUUCAAAAAAAAUACAUGUGUUUCGAUUAAGCCAGAUGUCAUAUGCAUCUCCUGUCAAUGCUGUAUAA